GCAGCGCUUUCCUGAGUCACGGUGAGCUGCCCUCACUUAACAUGGCGCUGGCCAGUCUGUUGGAGCCGCAAUUCCCCGCAAACGGGCCCGGCUUUUUCGGGCUGGGGGCGCCGGGCCCGCGCGGCGGGGCGAAGAUGUCGGGGGACCUGGCGCUGGCCGCCCCUUACGCCGGGCUGACCGCGGGAGACGCCAAAAUCGAGCUGGAACACGGGACCACCACGCUGGCCUUCAAGUUCCAGCACGGGGUGAUCGUGGCGGCGGAUUCCCGCUCGACGGCCGGGGUCUAUGUUGCUUCGCAGACGGUCAAGAAGAUCAUCGAGAUCAACCCUUACCUGCUGGGCACCAUGGCCGGGGGUGCCGCCGACUGCAGCUUCUGGGAGCGUCUCCUCGCCCGGCAGUGCCGCAUUUACGAACUCCGCAACAAGGAGCGGAUCUCGGUGGCCGCCGCCUCCAAGCUCUUGGCCAACAUGGUGUACCAGUACAAGGGCAUGGGCCUCUCCAUGGGCACCAUGAUCUGCGGCUGGGAUAAGAGGGGACCAGGUCUCUAUUACGUGGAUAGUGAAGGGAACCGCAUCUCGGGAACCGUCUUCUCGGUGGGCUCGGGUUCCGUCUACGCCUACGGGGUGAUGGAUCGCGGCUACUCUCACGACCUCUCGGUGGAAGACGCCUACGAUCUGGCCCGCCGGGCCAUCUAUCAAGCCACGUACCGCGACGCUUACUCGGGGGGCUCGGUGAACCUCUACCACGUCCGCUCGGACGGCUGGAUCCACGUCUCCAGCGACGACGUCGCCGGCCUGCGGGAACUGUUCUGCGACACGUCCGCCGAAGCCGUGGCCUGAAAACGUGGACUGAAAAGGGGUUGGGCGGAGGGCAGCAGCCGGGGGUCUCUGUAAAGGGUCAUUGGCUGUAGAGUAUUUUCAGAACCCGUAAAGAAGCGAAAUUGUAACUUCGACUGUUAACGGAAAGGGUGAGGCCGCAGAUAUUGUUGGAGGAACGUUGAACCAGUGUUUGAUGUAAUAAAAAUGUCCAGCUUCUUUGGAAUCAAA